AUGUGGCCAGCUUUCAGUGAACCAAACUUUCCCAGACUUGGCCAGAUGAUUCUGGACUAUGAAUCUCCAAUGAAGAAACUGACCGAAGAGUUCGUUCCGCAUAAUAGGGUGGUGCUGAAUGCACUGGUUUCGCUUACCCCCGUUUACGCCAGGCGCAAUCUCAGCGCUGAACAAUGGCGAGCUGCGCAGAUGCUCAGUUUGGUCAGUUCGCCUAACCAGCUGCUAUCCGUGGCACAGACAGAAACGGUUGCUUGCGAAUACCUGUCUGUCGAUCUGAUGAAUCGUUGGAUCAUACUCUGCCUCACGCUGUGUAACAGCGCUGUCGGGCAGCCAGUUUUCAGCGAACUUUGGCAACAGGCAUUGGAGUCUGGACUGACGAUGACUUUGUUUCGAGACGAGGUCAUCGCCACCCACCAUUUCGUACAAUCUGUUUUAGAGACGGUGAAAGGGUACAGCAAACGUGUUUCCGAAGUGAAGGAGUACUGCUUGAAUGCCUCGCAGAAUUCAGCGCUGAAUCACCGCGAACGACGGAAGUUCCUGCGCACGGCACUCAAAGAGCUGUGGUUGUUGUUCUCCGAUGAACCGGGUUUGCUUGGACCGAAGCUUCUGGUAGCGCUCAUUAGCUUGUCUUUGGCGCGAGAUGAAAUCUGCUGGCUGUUGCGGCAUAGCGAAAACGUUCCUUCGAAGUUGAGUUCAAAGGUGCGCGGGGCAGCUACCAUUUCUGACAGACAACUGCCAGAGCUGCUAUUCUAUAUAGUCGAGAUACGUGGCUUGAUGUGUAAGUACGCCCAGGUAGUCCAGCGCUACUACGCGCAGUAUUUGGUGGACUAUGACGCCAGGGCAUUGAAGGAUCUCGUACAGAGCGUGCCGUCGAUUCCUGAAGACGAAGGUGAAAUUCUUUCGUCGGUCUGUCAAACUAUCUCAGCGCUUCCUUUGGACGUGAACGCCAUCUACGACUUCCGCGGCUUCAGGCUGGACCUGUGUCGUUUACAGGCGUACAUGAGCACUUCGCGGUCAUCAUUCAGUUUGCAGACACACGCAAAGUUAGCUUACCUGCUGAACACGGCUAACUUUCACACGAAGGCUGUCGACACGUUGGACGAAUUGCUGAACGAGACGUCUGAUCUGUCGCUUUAUUGUUUCUACGCGCAGCAGUUUGAGCAGCACUUUCGGCUGUGUUUGGAGUUCCCAGCGCAGGUUCGCUACGUGUGUGCAUUUCCACACAUAUGUUCCCAUUUUAUCAGCUGUGUACACGAAAUGUGCCCUGAAGAGCGUAUUCCGAUUGGUGAAAAAAGCCUUUACUUUUGUGACUGGUUUCUGAAUGAAAUGUCGAAGGAGGCAAGAAACGUCGUAACCACUGUCUGCGAGCAGCACUGCAUUUUAGCUGAUGAGGCACUUCCAAAAAACUGCGCUCUGUUUAUGGGCGAACAACAACGUCUUCAGGCGAAGAAGGGCAGUACAAAGCAGGUGACCAUGACCAAUAGUAUGCCAGGUCACGAAAGCUGUCGUAGAAGCAGGGAGGAGAUGACCGUGUUGGACAAGCUGCACUUCGCGCUCAGCGAAUUGUGCUUCGCCAUCGACUACUAUUCAGAAGUCGUCGUUUGGGAGCACACCUUUGCCCCGCGCGAGUAUUUCAUUCAACACUUACAGUCUCGUUUUAACAAGGCAUUCUUGAACCUGACAGUGUACAGUGCCGAAGCGCAGACUAUCGCGAAACCGUCAGAUCUUCUGAAUAACAUGUGGUCCUAUAUUCAGGUGUUGAAAAGUUUAGAAAAUUACAUUGAUAUGGACAUAAAACGCAUACUUAACGAAGUACUUUUGCGCCAGAUGCAACCUUUGGACUACCAAGGUUCAGAGACAAUCACGACUUUGUAUACCAGAUGGUACCUGGAAGUAUUUCUGCGACGAGUCAGCAAUGGACAGAUACUUUAUUAUCCGCAUCACAAGACAUUUAUGAACCACCCCUCGUUAACCGCCAGUAACGUACCGUUUGACCCAGAAGAAUACGCUGAUUUUACAGAACUUCGGGCUCUGGCAGAGUUGAUUGGACCAUAUGGCGUAAAGUUUCUCAACGAACGUCUCAUGUGGAACGUUGCUAGUCAGAUCAGUGAGGUGAAGAAAUUGGUUAUUCAGAACAAAGAUAUUCUUCGGUCGAUGCGUUCGUCUUUCGAUAACCCUAAGAGAAUGCGCGAUCUAUUUCGCCAUCUCUCAGCCGUUACCGAUCCACGAAAGCAGCUGGACGUUGUGGAUAACCUUCUGCAACGAAUCACGAUCAUCGGCGAGAUCAUGUGCUUUAAAGAUAUGGUGCAAGAGGCGUUGAAGGACGUACUGAGCGAAAAAAUGCCCUUUUUGAUGGAUUCCGUUGCUGAUUUCCGGGCCACCCUGUUCGAGGACCAGCUUCAAAACUUGGAUGUAUAUGAACUCUGCUCAGCCAGCGGAUUUUCUUCUUCGAUUGAUACGGCACUGGUCAGUGCCUUGAAGGCGCAAAAGCAAGAGGACUCAUCUGAAGACGACUAUACUGUGUGUUGUCUUUUGAUGGUAUUUAUUGCCGUCUCGUUGUCCAGACUGGCUCGCUCGGAAUCCACUUUCUACAAGGCGUCUUUAGGAGUACACCUUAAUAACAGCGGUUGUCUGGCAAAGGCCGUCAACGGCAUCGCGGGUGCUUUGUUUUAUGUACAUGGCCGCAACGACAUCACUGAACGCCUCAAGGAGUUUAUUGCCCUUGCGUCCAGCUACCUGCUACGAAUCGGCCAAAAUGAUGAUAAAGAAUGUGUGAAGUGUAAAGAAUCCGUUUACAUCAUAUUAUACCAGGUAUAUUAUUUUUGUUUAUUAUUCUACGAUUAUGAUAAGAGUAUGAUCUGGCAGAUCGUUGAAGAAUCUCAUUUCCUAACAAUCGACUUGAUGGAAUCUUGUUUUCCUUAUAUACUCUUGCUUUCCGCUACUCAUCACUGUCACCGACAAGAGCAACUGAAAAUUACUUGA